AUGGCUCCUUAUCCGGCCCAACCCAUCAAGGGCAGGGAGAGGUACCGAGUUAUGAUGGACGUUCGAAAAUUGGACGUGGAGAACUGGCUCACCGUUGACAAGAACUAUAUGGACGAGCACGAAGUUAGAAGCCAAUUGCUGGAGACAGAGAAGAGCAAGGUCCUCCAAUGCCUCCCCGAGUCAUACGAUGCAUGUUUAGAGGCAUUGGAGGAGGUAGUUGAAUUCCUCUGCCAGCGAUUCUCCAAUGUGUUCGAACAGAAAAAGUGCGGCGAUGAAACGACUGUGCACAACAAGAUGACCGGAGAGACAUUUUGCUUUGGAGGGAAGAACAAAGACGUCGAUCCUCUAGAAAUCGCCGUCAGACUGACGAUGGAGGACCUGAGUAUUCUGAUGAAAAACGAGGAGGACGAGUACUAUCUCGCCGCCAGCGCAAGCCUUUUCCCCGUUGGCUGGACAGUUCAAGACCGCAUUGGGUGGACCAUCUCCAAGCUUCACAACCCUGUACCACUGUGGCAUCAGCAGGUCGCCAAUUCAGUCAGCAAAUUCUUGGCUCGGCUCACACCGGCAUCGCCCAUGGAAAGAUCCAACUACUUCGUCGAAGUGAAGCGGCCCGAUGAAGAUUUAUUUGAGAUCCUCUAUCGACCAACUUCUCUAUCUGAGGAGAAUCCGGAUCCAACGCCGCAAGAUAUUGUCAUUCGUCGCGAGCGGCAAACUUUCCGUCGACUCCCUCGUACCGGAGCACUCGUCUUUGGUGUCAAAACCAUCUUGACAACCCUGGACGAGCUACCGAUGCAGGAAUUGCAAAACCUUGCCAAAGAGAUUAAGAGCUGGCCAGAGUAUGUGGGUGAAUACAAGGGAAGAGAGGUCUGGGGCCCUAAGGCUCUGGAGUACUGUGAAAAGAAAAGCCGAAUGUAUCAACAAGACCCUGAAAAGAUGAUGGUGUAA